UGUUCCGGCUCUGAACGCUGCGCCAGUCCGAACGGGUGUAGCCACCUUCUGCCCUUUGGGUCAGUGGGGCGGCGGGAACCCGAGCGGCCGUCUGGGGCCCCGCCCCUCCAUCCUUUCCUAAGCCCGUGUCCGCAGAGAAGCGCUCGGAGUCCCCGGACUGUGUCUCAGUUGCCCUUCCGAACGGCGAGCCUCAGUUUCUCGGUCCGCGCCGCAGGCUGGGGAGAUCCUGGAGUCAUGUUCGGGUGGUUCCCGCGGUCUUCGGAGGUCGCCCCCGCGCCCAGCCUAGCCUUACGGCGGCCGAUAUUGUUCUGCACUUUUUAGGUGGCACUUGGACUCUGGCUCCGGGAGGGGACCGGUCCGCAGUCUCCAGCCGCAGAUCCGUGGACCCUCAUCACAGACGCUUCGCGCAGCCUCAGAUUGCCUUGGAUGGUGGCCUGCGUCUGACAGUCCCAUCAGCUCUUCUCAACACUCCUGAGGCCACAGCUGUCAGCUCCUCUGACCCUCAGCAGUUACCUGGGAUGCCUAGGAUCAGCUAACCUGCCUGUCCAGAAGCCAGAUCCAGUUCCACCAGGGUGUCCAGAACCCCCAGAAGACAGAGGAGGAGAUUUCUGAGACGGAGGUGCCUGCACCCCCAGCCAGUAUGGCAGCCUCCCCACUCCCACCGCCCGACCCCCAGUUUGUCCUCCGUGGUACUCAGUCGGCGGUGCAUGCGCUGCAUUUCUUCGGAGGAGCCCAAGGACAGGGAUGCCCACUCCUCCUCUCAGGGUCCCUGAGUGGGCUGGUGCACAUCUGGAGCCUGCAGACGCGGAGGGCAGUUGCAACCCUGGAUGGCCACGGGGGCCAGUGUGUGACCUGGCUGCAGACACUGCCCCAAGGGCACCAGCUGCUCAGUCAGGGCCGGGACCUGAAACUGCACCUGUGGGACCUGGCAGAGGGCAGGAACGCCGUCGUGGACUCUGUGGCCCUGGAGAGCAUGGGCUUCUGCAGGAGCUCUGUCCUCGCUGGGACUCAGGAGCGCUGGAUGCUGGCUAUGCCGGGGAGAGGUAGUGACGAGGUUCAGAUUCUGGAGAUGCCAUCCAAGACGUCAGUGUGCACCCUGAAGCCGGAGGCAGAUGCCAAGCCAGGCAUGCCCAUGUGCCUGGAGCUGUGGCAGGCUGAUUCCAAUCCCCGCCCACUCCUCCUGGCCGGCUAUGAGGACGGAUCGGUGGCCCUGUGGGACGUCUCUGAGCGGAAGGUGUGCAGCCGCGUCGCCUGCCACACGGAGCCCGUCAUGGGCUUUGACUUUGACUCCCAGAAGGCCAGGGGCGUCUCGGGCUCCGCGGAGAAGGCGCUGGCUGUCUGGAGCCUGGAUGAGCAGCAGGCCCUGCAGGUGUGCAGAACUCAUGAACUCACAAAUCCUGGGAUCGCUGAUGUCAAGAUCCGGCCAGACCGCAAGAUCCUGGCCACUGCGGGCUGGGACCACCGGGUCCGAGUGUUUCACUGGCGGACAAUGAAGCCACUGGCUGUACUACGCUUCCACAGUGCCACCGUCCACUGUGUGGCCUUUGCCGCAGAUGGCUUGCUGGCCGCAGGAUCUGGGGAUCAGCGGAUCAGCAUCUGGUCCCUCUACCCGACCCACAGUGACAUGUCUGCUCCCUUGUUGGGCCCCGCAGAGGGCAGGGAGGUGGGUGCCCAUGCUGUGGCCUGACCCAGGCAUGUGGAACCUCAGGACCCCUGCAACAGCCAGCCGCAGUUCCCCUCCUCCAGUUACAAGAGGUACUUGGUCUGUGGAGUCUUUGUUUUCCACCCCAGGUGCGUGUUUCCUUUUGUGAAAUACAGCACCUGUAUGACAGUGACUUUACAGCUUACAAGAGUAACUGGGCCAGACGCCUGGGCAGCUAUGGCCCAGGUGAGAGGCCAACCUGGGCCUGCUUUACAAUAAACCUCUAGAUGCAAA